ACUUUCACUGACUAUGUGUUCGAGGCUCCUGCCAAGUUCUACCUGUAAUUGGCUUCAUCUCCCAAGUCAGAUGUUUGGCUGCUGUAUCCCCUGCAACAAGGAGUCAUGCCAGCUGGACACACUCUCCUUCCAGGGCCCCCAGUGGCCAGGUUGGAGUUGAGACCACAGCUGUUGAGACCCUGAGCCCCGGUUUUACAGCUCUGCCUCAGCUGUAUCACUCAAAGAGGCCCUCCCCCAGCAAUGAUCUCCUCAUUGCUCCUGGCCUUCCUCCUCCUGGCUCCGGCUACAGCGGCCAUUCUCAGAGCUGACAGUCCGUGUCUGGCAUGUGGAGGACCCGCCUUGGACUUGGAUCGCCAGCGGGAGCUGCUUCUUGACCUGGCCAAGAGAAGCAUCUUGGACAAGCUACGCCUCAGCCAGCGCCCAACACUGAGCCGGCCUGUGUCCAGAGCUGCUCUGAGGACUGUGCUACAGCACCUCCAUGGGCCUCCCCAGGGGACACUUCUGGAGGCUGACAGGGAACAGGAAUAUGAGAUCAUCAGCUUUGCCGACACAGGCUUUUCCAACAUCAACCAGACUCGUCUUGACUUCCACUUCUCCUCUGAUAGAACUGCCAAUGCCAUGGAGAUCCAGCAGGCCAGCAUCAUGUUCUUUGUACAGCUCCCUCCCAAUACCAUCACCUUACCUUUGAAGCUGAGGAUCCUUGUGCCAGGCUCACGUGACACCAACCUCACCUGGGCCACUCAGCAACUGCUGGAGGUGGAUGCCAGUGGCUGGCACCGGCUCUUCUUGGGGCCUGAAGCUCAGGCUGCCUUCAGCCAAGGGCACUUGACCCUGGAGCUGGUACCUGAAGGCCAAGGAGCCCAGAGCUCGGUCAUACUGGGUGGGGCUGCCCACAGACCUUUUGUGGCAGCCAAGGUGAAGGUUGGGGGCAAGCACCGGCUUCACCGGCGAGGCAUCGACUGCCAGGGUGGGUCAAGGAUGUGCUGCCGACGAGAGUUCUUUGUGGACUUCCGUGAGAUUGGCUGGCACGACUGGAUCAUCCAGCCUGAGGGCUAUGCGAUGAACUUCUGCACAGGGCAGUGCCCACUGCAUGUGGCAGGCAUGCCUGGCAUUGCUGCCUCCUUUCACACUGCGGUGCUCAAUCUUCUCAAGGCCAACACAGCGGCAGGCACCGCCGGAGGGGGUUCAUGCUGUGUGCCCACGGCCCGGCGCCCCCUAUCUCUGCUCUACUAUGACAGGGACAGCAACAUUGUCAAGACUGACAUACCUGACAUGGUGGUAGAGGCCUGUGGGUGCAGUUAGUCCGUGUGUGGUAUGGACAGCCCAAGGUGGGGUAGGCAAGCAUGCCCUCCUGGAAGUACCCUUCCUUGAGAGGAAGAGAUGGCCCCAUUACUGUCUCUGUCCAGAAGGAGGGCUCCCUCUUCCUGAGCAACUGAUGGAAAUUAUGCCAACUGUGACUUGAGGAGAUCUUCAUCCAAAGAGAGUCACUUUACCAUCUUCAUGACCACCAGUCUCUCUCCUCAAGCUUAGUCUAUCCAGCAAGCCCCACAGGCUCAACUGCCACCCCAGGGACUCUGAUCCACCUGCAGCCAUUGGCAGUGACAUCUAGUUCCUAGGCAGAGAUACCCGUAGCCUACCCUUAAUCCAUCCCAUAAUCCACAAUACUUCCCCCUCUUCCCGCUUGAUGGCUGUUACUCCAGGAUGAGCUGACCAAGCCCCUUCCCCGAUUUUCUGGAUUACCAGAGAGCCCCUUCCUUGGAUUCACUGGGGAUUAGAUCACUGUUUUCCAAAGUGAGGUUUACUCUUCUCUGUAUCUUGAGCCCCUUUCUUAUUUGCCUUGCUGGUCUGCUAAGGCUCUCUUGGCACAUCCUUAUCCAUUCUUUUCCCUGUUCUAUGACCUUAGGGGCUGACUCACCUGAGCUCCUUUGGCCUCUGGCUUCCUGCUGAAUUUGACUAAGGGGAGACACAAGCAGGAGAUCAAAGGAUAGGAGGUGAUAGAGGUCAGGGUAUUUCUUACUCCUGUUUCCUCUUUCUAGUUGCCAUGGAUCUGUGUGACUGUAGCUGCGGCCUGUCCCUACAACUCCUGUCUGGCUCGCCACUGGCCCCAGCUCUGCCUAGGUUCUGAUAUCACUGCUUCUGCACUAGGGGCUUGCUAGUCCCGGGGAGCUUCAACAUCCCUCCUUGGUUCCCUUAACCCUGCCUCUGUAAAUAAGUUCUUUAUUAAGUCUCCUUCGUGAUACAAACGCAGACAGCUGAAUAGUUCUUUUGUCUCCUGCUGAGACCCUGGCUGACACCAAGGAUGACACAGAGUUUGCCUGCCUUGUGCACUUCUACUCUUUCUCACACACAGGCUCCUCAGGGCUGAGCUGUUGUGUCUAUCCCAUACUUCAUGCCUCUUCCUUCCCCAGGCUGCCUCGUCUUCUUCCUUAGGCCCCCUCCUCCCCCCCUCCCAGAACCACCUUUGCUGGUCUCUGUGCUGAUAAAGACUUAGGUUUUACCUGCUCGUCUCCUCUCUCUAUCCUCACUCCGAGAGAUGAGACAGAUCACUGCUCACUCAGCAAUCAGGCUGACAACCUGUGAGCCCUUCUGUGGUGGGAGGCAGAGGCACGGCUCAGUGCUGGCUGCCCUCCCUCACUGAACCCAAGGGCUCCAUCCAGGAGACGUGCUUGGAAGCUGGAACUGGCCAAGGGCCACUCGCAUGGGACAGGGAGAAUAAAAGGAAGGCACGGAAUGAGGACAGGGAGGUAUUUGCUCUGAGACGGGGUCCUCUCUAGACCUUUGCCCUUCUUUCCCCAUCAUCCCUUCCCUUUGGCUGGACAGCCCUGAACCAUGGGGUCGAUAUUGUCUGCAGCCCAAGGCCGAGUUUGCGCAAAACCCAUGUGUCCUUUGGGUAAUGUGAUGUCUGUGUUUGCUCAGCUUAUAACCCCCUCCUCCCAGGUUCUGAGGUCCCUGGAAUAGUAAGCCUAGAAGAGACAGCCUGAAAGGGACGUCCUUAGGGCCCUGCAAAUCUGAGCCUUGGGGCUUCCUGAGCAACCCACGGAAGCUCUGCCACCUUUGCCUUGAGGAGAUCUUCAUCUAAGGACAACAUCUAAGGAAGUCUUCUGUGCCUCUUUCCCCCCCUUCCACAGUGUAUCCCCUCCCUACAAGCCACUGUGAUCUAACCUCUCUCCCUCCAACUAUACCUUCAGUCUCCAGGGGCAAGACAAAGGUGAGAUGAAGCAAGGCACUCACAUGGGGGGGGGGGGGGCAAAAUUGUAAGGGGAUGCCAAGAAAUUCAUCAGUUAAGAUAAAUAAUAUCUUAAUGGAAUAUUUUUAAAACACCAAAAUGAAUGCCCCCAAACCCAUGAUGACCAACAUAACAAAUUUUAAAAUAAACACGGCAUCAGUAU